GCUGACGGUGUCCAGUGGUAUUUUAGCAGAGUCAUCGUUGAGCGUUCUCCAGCUGUGCAGUUUUGUUCGACUGCAUCAGGCUCUGGAACAGUUAGCGCAUGUUAAACGGAGAAAAGAAACGAGUAGUUUUUCUGAGCAAAUUUUUCACUCACGAGGCCUAGUGCAAACGGGUUUGGUGGAUGUAAUCCUGGACUACAUGUCCGACCUCAACGGUACCAAGUGGAGCUUCGGAGAAAGGUUGUCCUUUGAGCUUGUGAAUGGCCUGUGUAGUAAGCGGCUGAAACGCCGUUGGCAGAUCUGUUGUUGAAGCAGGAAGUACUGAGAAACAGCCCGUAACCGAUGUGUAUUACAUUGACUGGUGGCCAUAUGGUUAAGCAGAGAAGAUUUAUUGGAAAUACCAACAACAAAAUGAUUAAUAUACGGGAACAUUCAUAGGCGACUAUAAUCCGACUAAUUGUAAAUAGCGCCUUGAAGAGUGGAGGUAUUCUUGUCGUAAACACACACUGAGCUGUGUAUACAGGAUCUGUUUCGUAUUAUGUGAUGAUCGUCCUAUUCUAAAAGUGAAAAAGUUAUCUCAAUAACUGACAGUUUGGCUGGAUCUUCUCACCAUCUAUUUGCACCAUUAAUAACCGGCACUGCCAGACCGAGAGUCUGAAAUUCACCAAUCCAAACAGUCGCCAAUCUUCGUCUUUACGGAUUGAAGUGCCUCCGGCACAACGCUAUCCGGUGAUGAAAUAUGAUUUCCAUUUACUGAGAAGCUAAAUUUUUCUUUUAUAUACAGGUAUGACAACGUAGGAUUACAGAAAAAUUACGGAACAAAAGGAAAAGUGGUCAUAAGGAAAAAUUGAUAUUUGCACUAUUUUUAACCAGUGAAUAUCUGAUGAAGUAUGUUAUAAAAGCCCAUCGUGAUUGCUUGCAAUAAAUUUUCACGGGAUUUUUUAUCAUUGUUCCACAAUUGUGCCGUCUUGGCAGUAUAUCUCCAUUAUGAGUUGCUAAUUGAGAAUGCGCAAUGACACAGAGAAUUUACCAGUGGUCUUCGAACCCUCGCGAGGGACAGCAGCAGGACUUGCAAAUGGAACCCCUCAAAUUAAACUCACGCCGCCAGGAAAAAAUCCCCUCGAGGUACACGCAGGUCGACAAGGAGAAGGAUAAUCAGGAGACUGAGUACAUGCUGCAAGAAAAUGGCGAACCAAUUGAAUUUGUUCCUCCACAGAAGAAAGAGGAGGAAAAGCCAGCUCCUCAGCCAAGUCUACCACCAGUACCUUAUUAUAGGCUUUUCCGAUUCGCGACAUGCAGUGAGCUGAUGCUAGUGUUCGGUGGACUCUUUAUGGGCACCCUAACGGGACUCUGUAUUCCCGUCUCCACCAUACAAUACGGCGAGUUCACGACCCUACUUGUCGAUCGUAAUAUGGAAAAUCAAACCAGCACACCAACCUUGAUCCUGGAGUGGUUCGGCGGUGGAAAAGUUUUAGGUCCUAAUGCUACUCGCGAUGAACGUAUGGACGCUUUAUACGAUGAUUCCAAGGCAUUCGGUGUCUCCUGUGCCGCACUAUCAGCCUUGCAGUUCUUUUUUGCAAUAUUCACCGUAGACCUUCUUAACGUAGCUGCGUUCAGACAGAUUGCUAGAGUACGCAGGAUGUUCUUACAAGCGGUGCUCAGGCAAGACAUGGCAUGGUACGACACUAACACUUCAACGAACUUUGCCAGCAGGAUAACAGAAGAUCUUGACAAGAUGAAAGACGGGAUUGGCGAGAAACUUGGUAUCUUUACAUACUUGAUGGUCUCCUUCAUCUCCUCAAUAAUCAUCUCUUUCAUUUACGGUUGGAAGCUGACACUGGUGGUCCUUAGUUGUGCACCGAUAAUUGUUAUAGCAACGGCGAUCGUAGCUAAGGUUCAGAGUUCGUUGACGGCUCAGGAGUUGGCUGCUUAUGGGCAGGCGGGUAACGUGGCUGAAGAGGUACUUGGGGCGAUAAGAACGGUCGUGGCCUUCGGUGGUGAAAAAAAGGAAGUAAGUCGCUACGCGGAGAAGUUGGUUCCAGCUGACAGAACGGGUACGCGACGUGGAAUGUGGUCCGGAGUAGGUGGAGGUGUCAUGUGGUUCAUCAUCUACUUGAGCUAUGCUUUAGCUUUCUGGUAUGGCGUUCAAUUGAUUUUGGAAGAUCGACCGAAUGAAAAAAAGGACUACACACCAGCCGUACUCGUCAUCGUGUUUUUCGGCGUGUUAGCCGGUGCUCAAAAUAUGGGACUAACUUCACCUCAUCUCGAAGCAUUCGCUGUGGCCAGAGGAUCGGCUGCUGCCGUAUUUACAGUCUUAGACCGUGUGCCGAUUAUCGAUAGCUUAAGUCCCAACGGUCAGAAGCUCAAGGGUGUCAAUGGCGAUAUAGAAUUCAAGGACGUGCACUUCAAGUAUCCUGCGAGGAAAGAUGUGAAAGUACUCCAGGGCUUGAAUUUGAAAAUUAAUCACGGUGAAACAGUCGCGUUAGUUGGAGGUUCUGGAUGCGGCAAGUCAACGUGCCUUCAGCUGAUUCAAAGGCUGUAUGAUCCUCACCAGGGUGAGGUGCAUCUCGACGGGGUUGACAUCUCAAAGUUGAACGUACAGUGGCUCCGCUCACAUAUUGGUGUUGUAGGUCAAGAGCCGGUGUUAUUUGACACUACUAUUCGCGAGAACAUACGCUAUGGAAACGAAAACGUAACGGAAGAGGAAAUGAUAAAGGCAGCAAAAGAAGCGAACGCACACGAUUUUAUCAGCAAACUUCCAGAGGGUUAUGACAGUCCAGUUGGCGAAAGAGGCUCGCAGCUAUCAGGUGGUCAAAAACAAAGAAUAGCUAUUGCUCGUGCUUUGGUACGUAGACCAGCUAUUUUAUUACUAGACGAGGCUACGUCAGCACUGGAUCUCCAUAGUGAGGCCACAGUUCAGAGAGCCUUAGACGCUGCAUCGAAGGGUAGAACAACAGUAAUAGUGACACACAGGCUGUCGACCAUCACAAAUGCCGAUAGGAUCGUUUUUAUCAAAGACGGAAAGGUUGCCGAAAUGGGAACUCAUGAGGAGUUGAUUGCACUUGGAAAUCACUAUCAUGCUCUGGUCUCUGCGGACUCCAACGCGGCAGCCAAAGCUAAAGCAACUGCUGCUGCUGCAAAAACUGUUACCGCAGCCAAACCAAAGCCCAAACCACCGCUCAAGAAGCAAUUUUCUACCCUUUCGAUGCACUCUCAUCGUCUUUCGUUAGCUGCUGCUUCCGAGGGCUCCGAAGAAGAACUCGAAGAACAUGAGAAACCCUAUGAAGCUCCAGUAAUGCGAAUCUUUGGUUUGAACAAGCCCGAAUGGCCGUUCAAUAUAGUCGGCUGUCUCGCCGCUGCUACAGUAGGAGCAUCUUUUCCAGCAUUUGCAGUUCUCUUCGGUGAAGUCUACUACGUUUUGGGAUUACAGGAUCCACAAGAAGUCCGCAACGAAACAAUCAAUUUUUCCAUACUCUUCAUUAUCGUCGGUGUCAUAACAGGCAUAGGCACAUUUCUGCAAAUGUACAUGUUUGGUCUAGCUGGAGUUCGCAUGACAACAAGAAUCCGAAAGAUAACCUUCGAAGCGAUGUUGAAGCAAGAAAUGGGAUGGUUUGACGAAGACAAAAACAGCGUUGGUGCAUUAUGCGCCAGAUUGUCAUCAGAUGCAGGUGCGGUGCAAGGUGCGACUGGGACUCGAAUCGGUGCAAUUCUCCAAGCACUUUCAACUCUCGUCCUCGGUAUCGGUGUGUCGAUGUAUUACACUUGGAAAAUGACUCUGGUUUCUGUGGUGUCUAUUCCAUUGGUACUGGGCGCAGUUUUCUUCGAGGCGAGAAUCAUGAGUGGCCAGGGGUUACAGGAGAAGAAAAAGAUGGAAGGAGCAACACGAAUUGCUGUUGAAGCAAUCGGUAAUAUUCGCACCGUUGCCAGUCUGGGAAAAGAGAAGGCCUUCUUGGAUCGCUAUUGUGUAGAAUUAGCGCACGUCGCCAAAGCUACGAGAAUACGUAACCGACUUAGGGGUCUAGUAUUUUCCUGCGGUCAAACUACACCCUACUUUGGCUAUGCACUUAGUUUAUAUUAUGGCGGGUACUUAGUGGCCAGAGAAAAUCUCGAUUAUCAGAAUGUAAUCAAGGUAUCCGAAGCAUUGAUCUUUGGCUCUUGGAUGUUGGGACAAGCACUUGCCUUCGCCCCUAACUUCAAUACCGCUAAAAUUUCCGCUGGACGCAUAUUCAGAUUACUCGAUCGCGUACCCGAAAUCACGACGCCUGCGGAUCUCGAAGGGAAGGACACUGAUUGGAAAGCAGACGGUCUGAUUCAAUUCUCUAAAGUUGAAUUUCAUUAUCCAACUCGUACGGAGUCUCAGAUUCUGCGAGGUCUCAAUCUCGUUGUCAAACCAGGUCAAAUGGUUGCGCUAGUUGGUCAAAGUGGUUGCGGAAAAUCAACUUGCAUUCAACUGCUUCAACGCUUGUACGAUCCACUGUCGGGAACUGUGACAAUGGACCGCCGUGAUAUAUCAUCAGUCUCUUUAUCAGCCCUGCGAUCUCAGCUUGGUGUUGUAGGUCAGGAACCAGUACUCUUUGACAGAACUAUUGCUGAAAAUAUAGCGUAUGGUGAUAACAGUCGCACACCAUCCAUGGAUGAGGUCAUUGAAGCGGCAAAAAAGUCGAACAUCCAUAGCUUUGUCAGCUCUUUACCGUUGGGUUACGAGACUAGACUUGGAACCAAGGGAACUCAGCUUUCCGGAGGUCAGAAACAAAGAAUAGCUAUUGCCCGUGCCCUCGUAAGGAACCCUAGAAUUCUACUCCUGGACGAAGCCACGUCUGCACUCGACACCCAAAGUGAAAAGAUUGUACAAGCUGCUCUGGACAAAGCAAUGGAAGGCCGGACAUGCAUCACCAUCGCUCAUCGACUCGCUACUAUUCAAAAUGCAGACGUAAUAUGCGUUUUGGAAAAGGGAACUGUCGCUGAAAUGGGAACCCACGAAGAUCUGAUCGCGGCAGAUGGCCUUUACGCCCACUUACACGCUCUUCAAGAAGCCGCGCUAGAGUAGAACUUGUGACUUUUGCCUUAAAUCUCAACCCUCGACCCUUCACCUUCAACCGUCAACCUUGCGCCUUCUCUCUAUUCCGCAAACGUUCAUCGCACAUACAUAUUUCUGCAGUACAAUAAUCGGCUGAAACGCCUUGUACAAUGGCAGAAUAACAAAUAUAAAGUAAGCGCCCAGAAAGAAGAAGUGCCGAGCCGAAGGUGAGUUUUAACUGGUGUUCAAUUUAUUUGAGUAAACAAUCAACGUACUUAUUUUUAAAGGAAUAUCACUGUCAUUAUUUUUGUUUACAAUGUUACAAUUCUUCGUACCAACGACACUACACUGAUUUCCAAAUGAAUUAAUUUUAUAAUCCGUCAAGAUUAUUAAUGUAGUCUGAAUCAUCGUAGCUAUUAAAUAUACCGGAAAAUUCCGUGAAUUUCGCUGCUCAACGCAGGCAGAUAGGCAAUUGAAAUUACAUUUUGUAUUCUUAAGUAUGAGCAAUUCUCAUUCAAGAUAAAACUAUUAAAAUGAAAACAAAUUUUAAGUCACUUUUUUCAACAUGAAACUAUAAUUCAGAACGUUUUUUUUUUUUUGCGUAUACUGGUUUGACUAAUCAUGUAUUGUAAGUUUCGAAGAACUACUAGUUCUUAACUGACGAGAUUCUUUUUCUCAAAAAUAAUUCGGUCUAGGAAAAAAAAAUGCCAAAACAUAAAAUGUUCAUUUUUAAUCAAAAUUUGUGAAAAAACUGAUACGGAAUUCCAUCGUAAUCAAUGACGGGAUUUUAUCGAAUAAUCAUGCCAUUUGAUAUUUCCAAAAUACAGUAUUUGUGAUUUUGAUAAUAUUUUUUUCAAAUGCAAAAAAAAAAAAACAUUUUCUUCCUUGAUUCAAUAUGGCAGGAAUUUUUCUCAAUUUAUUAUCAAUGUUUUAAUAUGCAUCCGCUGAAACGAAACUGACUGUUGCAUACCGAGUUUACAAAUAUGUGAAAUAAAUUCAUUUUCAACAAUUUCAAUUCUAAUUAUCUGCGCUGAAUUAGAAGAAUAUUUACAAAAAAGUCAAAAAUUUGUAUGAAUAAUUGAUUUUUUUUUUGAUACUUUCGACCUUUUUUUACAUUUUUUAUUCAAGUACAAUGUCGAUUAUUACAAUUUGAACCGUUCAGAUAAAAAUUUAUCUAAUAUAUUUUGGUAAUUUUUUCCAUAGAACGAGUCAUCUUUGAUUAAAAUAAUGUCAUAAGUUGACAAGUGAUAAUUCUAUAAAAUUUUUGAUAAGUAAGUGGUCAACCCAGCAAGUGCAAAAACAAAAAUAGUUUGGAAUGUAGUGGCAGGUUGAAAAACUGACUCGAAAAAAAUAUCAGCUUUGGACGUGAGCGAGAAUUAACCAUUAUUCUAGAUGUAGUUUCGAUCGCCUAGCUACUGGUAUUGAGUAGUCGCAUUCACGGAAUUUUUCCGGUAUACACUCUAUAAUAAAUUAUCCCCAAGAGAAAAGUCUUACUGAGAGAAUUUUAUCAUAUUCAUAUAGGGUAGGAAUAUUUUACAUGUGCACGAUAACCUUGUGAGUCUUCGGCGUCUAUUAAUCAAAGCUUCGAUUUUCAUUUCCCCAUGUAUUCGUUCAUGCACAUUCAUAUUAGAUAUAAAAUAUGCAUUAUCCACACUCUAGCAUAUCUUUCAACUACUUCGAAUUGUCAUGCUUCCUCGCCAUUAGUCGUUUCAACAUCAAACCUUCAUUGUCACUAUGGUGCUAAAUUGCUCGGAACGAAAUUUCUUACCAAAUACUUGAUUUUCCAGCAAUUGGGAUAUUACGCACUUCAACCGUUCUGGGGUUUGGCAACCUUUCAAACUUAAAGGCACAAUUCUGAAUUGAAUAAUAUAAAUUGAUUUUUCGUUUGAUUAUAUCAUAGUAAUAUUAUUCAACGAUAAAUAUACAACUAGUAUAGCUAUGAGAGUUAUAGAUACAGAUUCCUAUUACCGACACACUUACCAACAUUUGACCCAGAUUCAAACCCAUCUCUGCGAUGACGUCACCGCGGGGAAGGGUUCGAGUCUGGGUAAGAUGUCGGUAAUUGUGUCGGUAGGAGGAAUCUGUGUCCAGACCUAUCAGAUAUACUACUUAUGCAUGUAAUGUGUGUGAUGACUAGGCUAUUAUUUUUAUAUCCGUAAAAGUUGAAUCACGUAAUGUUUUUCCAUGGGUUCGGCACAUAAAACAUUGUUUCACUAACACCUACCAAGUCCUAAUUGAUUUAGAUUGAAUUUCACUGUCUGUACUUAUGAGAGAGGAAGAUCUUUUCACAUAUUUUAUUAUUGUCGAGAUCUUCGGACAAACUCAUUGAUUAUGAGUUAUUUAUAAACCGACAUAUGUACUUAUACUUGUGUGUAGACGUACUGCUCAAAUUGCUUGUAUUCAAGACUGUUUCUUGAGAGAAGGAUUUAUUCGGAUGAAAAAUAUGACAAAAAACUUUGAGAAUCUUUUGUCAAAACAUUUUUUACUAAAGAGUUGAAGGAGUAGAAUAUGCUUAUUUCUAAAUUGUCAGGGAUGAGAAAUGGUUAUUUGUAAAUUCUAAUUUCAUUUUACAAUUAGUUCACAAUUUCUGUAGAAUUGCGGCACUUGAUUAUAACACAACUAGGCUUUCCGAGAAAAAUUUAAGCCUUUACCUAAUCAAGCUAUGUAAAAUACGUAUUAUUUAUGCCAGUGAAAACUGUUGCCAUUUAAUCACUUUUUUCUCAAACCAUUACGCAAAGAAUAGGUGUAUAAGUAGAAAUAAAAAAUGUGACCAAAAAUUAUAAUAAAAUUUUAGAGUGACAGCUGGUUGUGACGGUUGUGGCACGGAUUCGUGUCGGAUGAAUGACUUGAGUAUUUUCGAAUUGGCUCUUUUUGAUGAAAUAAUAUUUCAUAAGAUAGUUAACAAUAAGAUUUGCUCAGAACAGUACGAAAGUUUGUUUUAUGAAAAUCUGUUACACUUUGCAACAGAUUAUACAUCACUGGAGUGUGGCUCACCCUUUUUUUGCCAUCAUGGUUUCCACUUACUUUCCUAUUUCUUAUCAUCAUGUAGUUGGUUUGUGGUUCGCGCAAUCAGCACAAGUGCCUUUUCCUCGAUCCUACUGUAGUGUGAAGCCUUACGAAAAGAGUAACGAUAAUCAGUAAGAAAUUUCGAUACUUUAUGCUAGUUGAAAAUCUUUGUAAAUUUACGGUAGGGUUGAAGUGUGUGACCAGGAGUACCUACAGGUUAAUUGAUUUAUCAUAUGAAGUGGGUGAUGUUAAUCAAUGAGUAGAGUGAAAAGCUUUUCAAGCCAGUUCUUAAUACGAUCUUUCCAUUCGAUACGCAGUACUUAAGAAUGAAUCAAUUCGAAAAACGUAUACCGCAGUGCUUUAUUGAAACGACAAUACGUAAUCAAGAUUAAGAUAUAUAUGACUGUAGUAGCAGUGAGGGCUAAAAAGCGGUGCUUGUUAUCGCUAAUGACUAAAUGAUACCUAAGAAUACUUGUGUAAAAUAUGCAAAGUAUAUUGUGAAAUGUAGAAGAAAAAUGAAUAAAUAACGAAGGCUAUUCGAAAUCGAAUUGCUCUCUGUAAAGUUAACCCUAGUCGCUUACGCGGGUCCAAUUGACUCCAGAACCGACUUUAACGUACAGUUUUAAAUUCAGCGUGAUUGAAUCAUGUUUGUUUGUGCAGGUAAAAUGAAGAAUGAUUGAAAAAUAUUUCGGACCUUAGAGACCCCAUGUAUGUAUUGCAUAUUGUUUUACUUUUUUUGCUUUAAGAAUUUUUUCCCAUAUCCUCGAUCGUCUUUUGCUAAAACUAAGAUUGAAGUCUGUUUCUGAAUUGUUAAAUUUUGUCUCAAAAUUUUGUUCAAGUCGUAACGUAAUGUUGUGUACAGUGAUAACGUUCCAAGUUUGGCUGGGGUCUAGGUGACCCAUGUAAGUAACGUGAAAGUUUCCGUAGGUGUAUGUGACUAGGGUUAAGUAAUCUUCAUCGUUCGGGAAGUUCAUUCAGUGAGUACGUAAGAAUGAAAGAAACCGUUUACCGUUUUUUAGGCCUGAUCUGGUUAUGGUAUUUACAUUAUUAAAUUCUUAUCAAUAUUUAUAUUCGCAAAGAUGGUAACAAACUUGAGGGCUGGAAGUUCUCUGUUGCACAACACUCAUAUUUUUUGCUUAAAGAUAUCACAAUUCACUCAACAACAUAGAAACUUAAUUUUACUUAUUGUAGACAAAACGCAAGUGAUUGUUGUGAAUGUACCUACAGUGAUACUAGCAGUAUAUGACGGUAAUAUAGUAUUCCUUUUUGCUAUAAAAAAUCAUAUAUUCUGUUACAAUUAUACAUAUAUACAUAUAUAUGCAUAUAUAUUCACUUGAAAUGAGAAGCAUGAAUAAAUGAUUAUAAGCAAACAGGCCGUUGCAGUUUAAUUUAAUUUAAUUUUUACUUUUCGAUCAAAUUUUCCGCACCUCGUCUCAAUCCAUGAUGGAGUUAAGUGUACCUGAGAACUUUAACAAUACAUGAAUAGCAAAUUCCAAGAUGUUGAGAUAAAAAUUUGAUGUAAACGGGAAUCCGUUACAUGUGAGUACGAUGUACGUCGGCAUUAUUGUUGUCCUAAUAAUACGAGUAAUUAAAGAAUUCAAUUUCAUACUCACUGGUCCAAUUCUAAUUGAAAGAAUGGAACAAAAUAUUUGAGGCUUUCUUCGAGCUGUUUUUUAACCAAUAAUCCGUGAGAAUACUUUGAGCAAAUUUUGCAAGCUCUUCUUCUUAUACCGGAAGAAGAAAGUGGGACGGAUUUAUUAAACCAUGACUAGGUACACGAUAUCAGGCUUGAGUCUAGAGGUACUCAUAUGUGUCUAACUAUACUAGCUAACUGCCUGAAUCUACUGUAUGUUAUGGGACAUGGAUUUACACACAGAAUAUAAUUCACGUUUCGACAAGUAUAUACAGAAAAUCUGCAGAGGUACAGCUAAAAGGUUUAGUUGCUUCCACGUAGCAUUUGCUGACGUGAGAAUCCACCGAAUACACAUCAAAUGAUGGAAGAAUUGUAAAAGACAUCCAUUCUAAAAAUGUAUGUUUUAGAUGACACGUAACUACACUUCUAUGUAAACCCUAUGUAAGUUAUGAAUUUAUUAUACAUGACGAUAGUA